AUUGAUUUCUGAAUCCGUAUUCGUGCGUGUAUUGGCUACCGCUGUUGUUAGGUUAUACUUGAGCAAUCCUUUUAUUUGAACUGUGAUUACGACCGGAAACCUGUGAAUGCUGUUUGUCGCGUUAUUUGAAAUUCUGAAAUUCACUAAUAUACUUUGAAUUCCAAAACAACAUUGGCCAAGACUUAUCUUCUUGUUUUUUCUUUAAAUGGCGAUUAGCUUACAUGAAAAUGGGAUUCUUCGAAAUACUACAAACUGGCUAAAUAUUUAGCCAUGCAUACCAACAACUGUCUUCCAAUCCUGAUUGCAUACUGGAUCAAUGCCCAUAAAAAUACAACAAUAAGCUUCACUAUCCACUUGUUCAGUAACCCGUUCAUAGGAUGUUAACAUGUACUAGAAAAGACGAUAAUGUAGACGACUUGUAGCAUUAAUCAUACACAUCAGGAUCGAAUGCCGUACAUAGAUUGCGGCCUGUACUAAACGCCUUGUCGUUAUCAGCAGCUGAAUUAUGAGAAAGUUCAAGUUAACCUUGACAACAUUCUAAAAGACGUUUGUUACCUUUGUUAUAAGUCCUGCCGAUGAAAAAUUCAUUCUCUUUACGCACAAAUAAUUCAAAUGCCGAAGUCAAACUUCUACGAUCAAAAGAUGACCUAAUACACGAACUCGUGACUUCUGAAAUUAAAUACAUAAGUUACCUCAGGAAGGUUUUGAAGUACUUUGCAAGGCCCUUAAUUGACCGCAGAUACUUGCCAGAAGAUAUACACUCUGAAAUUUUUGGAUGUCUCGUGCCCAUCUUAAGUGUCAAUGAAACUCUUCUUGAGUCUAUCUUAACUGUUGGAGUAGAGAAAGCAUUUCUGAAAAUUUCUCCAUGUUUGAAAUUAUAUGCAGAUUAUGCCAACCGCUACCAAACAAACGUUGUGUUUAUGGAGACUUGUAAUGCAUUCAUACCAGGACUAAUGGAGUUUAUAAAUAAACAAGAAAGCUUACCAGAUGUUAAUUUACAGCUUUCAGCACUCCUCAUAAUGCCCAUACAGCGCAUUCCUCGGUAUUCUUUAAUACUCCAAGAACUUGUUAUCAUUUGCCUUCAACUGGACGGUUUAAGUAAUCCAGAAGCAAAUAAAUGUGCCAUUAGUAUUAGCGAAGCUGCUCGUCGACAUUUUAUGAUACCAGAAUAUGCAGCCACUCUUAUUUUAAAACUAUGGGAUAAUCAUCAUCAAGUGCAUUACUCUCCAGAAUCUCAUGAUUCAAGUUUUUCAGAUCUGAAACGUUACAUUCAUAGAAUGUGUGCUUCCACAAUUAUUCUUAUUGCAGGUUUUGCUAGUGUGGUAGCGACAGCAACAUUUUUAAAUGAACAGAUUAGAAUCAGUGAACAAGCUACUAAGGCCGCUUUAUUACAAUCAAGACUUUUUGGCAAGUGGUCGCAAAACCUCAUUCUAGUACCUGGGCGUAAACUAUUGAAGUAUGGAUUGGUGAAAAAGGUGAAUUCUCUUGAUGGAGUUGCGGAAACUCGUUUACUAGUGAUUAUGUCUGAUAUACUGAUAUGUGCUAAACCGCGAACCCAGACGGAGUUGGAAUUUAUUUUCAGCAAGAAAAAGUGUGUUUAUAGCCGAAAAUAUCCUAAUCCUUUUACACAGUUGUACGGAAGAAAAAUGUCUUUAGGGUUUACAAAACAUAUUCGAAAGUCGAAUGACACAAACUCAUUGAUUCACGUUUCUAAAUUUUCUAAAUCAGUCUCACAAAGUUCUAACUCUCAAACUUUUAACGAUUCAACUGAUUUUUUAACAGAUAGUAAAGUUUGUUUUUCAUGUGUUGCUGUCUAUCCUCUUCAUCACUGUCAUGUUCAAAUUCAUUUUAAACCACAUAAUACGUUUCUGCAACCGAUCCCUGAGUCCCCUGAAUGUCAACCAAAUCAGAACAACUCAGUGUUUAUUUCACCAAUUUCUAUCGGAGGAUUUAGUCGUCACACUGCAUCAACACCAUUGGCGUUCGAUGAAUAUGCAUGUGGAUCAACAUCUGUUGUAAGACUGAAAUCGGAUCCAUUUAUUACCUUCAAUGAAGAUGACUACACAAUGAGACACCCUGAACCUUUGAAUGAAUACAGUUUCACUGUGCACUGUCGUGAUGCUAACUUUACUAUCGUGAAUGGUAAUUUAAGUGAAGCUGAAGAUUGGAUAUCUAGUUUGGAGACAGCCAUUCAAGCUGUUAAAACAGCACGAAAAAGCCUUCGUAAGGAAAGCAGUGCGAAGUGGCCAAUGCGUGCUUCAGAUUUUAUUCAAUUUGAACAAUGGCUAGAACAGAAACGUAUAGUCGAAGAGUCAAUGAAAUCUUCUCGAAUCUUUCAAAGGAUGGGAAUGGAAGAGUUGACCAUUGAUAAUCCCCUUUCACCAGUAAAUUUUCUUGAGUCAUCUAGAAUGGAACAAAAACUUGAAGAAUACCGUAGACGUAAAUCCAUCGGCUGUGAUACCGAAAAAAACAAUCGGCUUUCUUAUAUGUUUUGUGAGUCUGGUAGUCUUGAACUUAAUCCCAAAAAAUCAAAACGUGAUAAACAAUGUGGACUGUUUUGUCAUUCGUUUAUGUCUAAAUUUAAAGAAAAUAACUUAGUUAAUGCCUCAGCACUUUAUCAUUCAAACGAUUCUGUUCGUUUGUUAUCCAUAACAAGCAUUGCUGAUAAGCCCACAUCAAAUUCCAUUCCGUUCAAUACAGGAAAUCAUUUGUACAGCAGUGAUCGUUGUUACCAUUUGGGUGAUACUCAUCGUAGUUCAUUUCCAUCUCAAUUAGCCCAAUCUUUUAGUGGGUGUUUGUGCAUGUAAAAUGCUUGCAAACAGGUAUCUGUGCUAUAAAAUCUUAAAUAAAACCACUGCUUACUCCAAGUAUUAUUUUUAUUCUUAUUCCCACAGAGAAUAAUCAUUCAUCUAUACUGUAUACUUUUGUCUAGUUUUUUCUUUGUAAUCUAAUUUUUUUUACAAAUCUUCCAUCUUUUAUUUUUGUAUCCGAUAUUACAGAUGUAUUUUAAACACAAGCGUUGAUUUGUAAACUGACAGAGAUUGUUCCAGUUGUAUCUUGAUGAAAUGUAAUUUUUGUUCUCUUGCCUUAUCUUAUACCUUUCCUAUUUUAUACAACUAAAAGCGUAAUGCUAACUGGAAUAUUCCAGUUUUUAUUUUAAUUAUGUUUCCGACUUGUCAAUAAUUAUGCUGAUUCCUUGUUUUUUUGUACCACGUAUUACCACUUUGUACUUUUUUUUAAAAUGUUAAUUAUGUAGAAUAAAGCGAGCAAGAUAACAUUAAUUAUUAUACUUUG